AUGCCCGAAACAAACGGGGGUUUUCUCGGGGCCGAGAGUCGAAGUUCCUCGGGAACCCGAAUCAAAAGGUUGAUGACGCAGGUCAGGUUCACCAUUGAGCCCGGGUUCACGUACCUCACAGCGGCUCCCAAGAUUUCUGCCCUCGUAUCUGAAACGUGGAAAUUGAAGCAGAGGAUUCAGGUUGGCUUGAAGAACACUGGUACACAUUUGUACUUGCAGUUUUUUGCUCUUGCCACCCUUUGCGAGGGGGGUGCGCAGCGAGUCCCCAACAAGCUGCAACCUUGA